AUGGAUCAUGUGCCGGUCCUGAGUCGUACACAUAGCCGGCCGUUGACUGCCCCCAUGCGGGGGAGAAGUCUCGCGCUAUCGGAAAUGGAUGCACAAGAAUUGGGGUCGAAAUUGUGUGCUAUCCCUUUUGCGCGGCCGUUAUGGAGGGAGUACUCUUUGGGGACGAGCCACCGCAGCCACCUUGUGUACGCCGAUGACUGCGAUGUUAUGGUGGGGCUCAUGGAGCAGACGCAGCCGUCGCCGCCACCGCGUGCCAGGAGGGAAGACGACAUCGAAGACGUUGAAAAAAACGAGACGGAGGGAGAGUUGUAUAUAAAGUCGUUGGUGCGCGCUAUUGAUGAGGGAGUAGUAAAGAAACGCCAGCCUCACGCGAGGAGCAUGACGUCUCUGAAGGAGGGAGCGGGGGUGGUAUCAGUUGGUGAGUCCGCUGUGAACGCCGCACCAGUGGAUGACAAAUCGGCACUGCAGGUGUGGACGGAUGAGGAGCUUAGGCGCGGCCACAUCGAGCGUAGCGCGCAUGCCUUCUGCACCAGUCGCUCGCUCUUAAAUGCGGUGGAUAAGGGGCGAUUCCCUCUGGACGCGAACGCGACGCUCACCGAGACUCUGAAAAAGUUAGAGAAGGAUCAACGCGAGAAUCAGGAUGAGGCAUUUUUGACGUCGCCUGAGGCGGUCUUCAAGCGGGAGAACUUGUUGGAGCGGCUGAUAAGGGGGCCAGUACAUAGCUGGCGGGCGAUCCAUAAUCUUUCAACACCGCCCCCACCUCUUUACAAUCGCCGUAGAGAUUCAUACGAUCCAUCUAGAGACAUCACGAUCGGUGAACGGUGGCGUCACAGGUUCGACUAUGUGAACUACACAGAGCAAUUCAAUAUUGACGAAUCUCUAGCCACAAGAGACCUUUGCCGCAACAUGGUGAUACGACACGAGACAGAUACCUUUUCAAAGCCCCCAUUGGGGGCGCUCGGGGGUAUGUUCAGGAAUUGCAGCAGCCGGAUUUCCCAUGCAGAUGACCGCGCAGUACCCAAUCGCAAGGAGGAGUCUGUGUGGAAUAGCGUCUGGACGCGGCGGGCGAGUGAGAUUGCGCUUGAAAGGGAACGGCUACGCCUCAUUGACGCGAUUCGAGGGUUUGAGCUGCGUGUGGCGGCGGCGGCGCUAUCCAAGGAGGCCGUCUGUAACCUACGGGACAGCCUUGUCAAGGUGCUUCGGCAGUGGCCGUGCAACUACAAGAAGCGCCAUGUAUUUACAAAGGCAGACUUCGUAGAGUGGGUGCGGGGGCGCUACAAGCUACCGCCAAAUAUUGGAGCCUACAACCCAGAGUCGCUGAGUUUAACGGAGUCAAUGCCAUCUUCUGCUGAAGCCGCCUUUGUUGAGUAUGUGUUGACUGUACUGCCGGAUGACCGCAGCGUUAACUUCACUCGAAAAACGCGUAUGCGGUAA